ACCUUGUGUCAAAACACAGAGGGAAAUCAGCAGCAGCAGCGCAAAGACCUCAACUCGACUUCAGCUUUAGCUUUAUUUUGCGGGUAGUAUUUAUCGAUAUAAAGUGUUUUUUAUUUCACGUCCUCGUACCAUGACUGAACAAUCAGCACUGCUUCUUCGAAAACAACUGGCAGAGCUCAACAAGAACCCUGUGGAGGGCUUUUCAGCUGGUCUGAUAGAUGAUGACGACAUAUACAAAUGGGAAGUUGUGAUUAUCGGUCCUCAAGAUACCCUUUUUGAAGGAGGGUUUUUCAAAGCUUACCUUACCUUUCCUUAUGAUUAUCCGCUACGGCCUCCGAAGAUGAAGUUCAUCACUGAAAUCUGGCAUCCAAAUGUUGCAAAGAAUGGUGAUGUUUGCAUCUCUAUUCUGCAUGAGCCCGGGGAGGAUAAGUUUGGUUAUGAAAAGCCUGAGGAGCGCUGGCUUCCAAUCCACACAGUAGAGACAAUCAUGAUUAGUGUUAUCUCCAUGCUGGCAGACCCCAACAGUGAUUCACCCGCUAAUGUGGAUGCUGCGAAAGAGUGGAGGGAGGACCCUAAUGGUGAAUUCAAGAGGAAGGUGGCACGCUGUGUAAGAAAAAGUCAAGAGAUGGCAUUUGAUUAGGAGUCACUUGUAAAUUCCAGGUUAAAGGAAAUGCCUUCUGAGGGAAAAUUUCAGCAAAAGGCUUUUGCACCCCUUGUUUUGCCAGUCAAAGGAAUUGGUUGAUUUCAACCAUGUUUCUGUGAACGGUUGUCAUUUUCCGCAAGAUGAGCCAAUUUGAGAACCCUACCAGCGAAAUUGACCUGUUUCCUACCUGGAAUUGUAUAUUUAAUUUUAUUUAUUUUGAAAAAUUAAUGAUGUAAGAUAUGUCACUACUGUAAAUUAACUUGCUUUUUUAUCUGCUGCUGAACAGUUUCUACUUUAUACCAGGUUUCUUAUGCAAUUUAGUGGUCAAGAUUGUGUAAAACAAAAUGAAAGCCCGUUAUCGUUAGGUCAUCAUUUGUCCUCCCUACCUACCACAUUGUUUCCACCACAGCAACAUCCGUCGGCCUGACAAAUCUUGUCUGAUUCUUUCCAACGCCGUCGCUGAAUCACUGUUGCCUUUUGUUGGCUUCACUUCCUCUCACUGACUGUCCUCGAAGCGUCAAGUCUGCUGGAGGGACACGUCGAGAACAUCUUUUUCUGAGAACCAGCCUCCUGUUAGCAUCUUAGACUUGGCGCUAGUGUAAAGCAAGGUAUAAAACCAUGAUUCUCAAACCUGCAUGAUCCCCUCAAACAGCUCUGUUCUGUGUCAUUGCUAAGCUGUGGAUGUUAAUGGAAUGGCUUACUCAGUGUUUUGAGAGGCGUUGUUUUAUCAUAAAUCAAUUUGCACCAGCGUUGUCGACGCUAACAGGAGACUUGUGCCAACUUCUCAGGAAUAACCUCGGCGAGAACUUUAUUAGGGUCUUCACCAGUAACACAGACCCCUAAUGUUCCCACCCCUUCUGCUAAUACACAGUAAAGAUGUCUGCCAGUUAAUCUUAAUACAGUACAAGUCAUGGACAACCAAAAACCGAUCUGUGAAAAUAGCCUAAGCUGUGAUCAUUCUGUGUGGUUAACUGCCAUCUGAGCUUACCUCAAUUAAAACAGAUAACAAAUAUGAUCAGGAUUACGGAUUCUUGAGUUGUUAAUCCAGUAACACUGGGGGUUAUUCUCCUUUGUAGAAUUAGGCGAAUCGUUCUUUGUUGUGGCACAUUUGGCUUUCUAUCAGUGUGUGGGUCACAUUCACUCGUGGGUUUAGACUCUGAGGACAUUGGGUAGUUAGACUUUAAUUCUGUCGACAUCUUGAGUUCUGAUCGGUGCAUAUUAUCUAGGUAUCUCACUUCUCACUGAAUUUGGGUUCUUGAUAGAGACUUGAAUAAUUCACCACUUAGUAAAGUAUAAAUACGUGUUCUUGUUCAAACGAACACAUUACUGCAUUUAGUUGUUAUUUUUGAGAGAAAGUGAAGUGUUCGGGUGGAGUCUGGAAACCAUUGGCUUUUGUUCACUUAAUGGUGUUGCUCUUAAGCCAUGAUGACAUUUAUUUAGAGUUACAACAUUGUUACACAUGAUUGAUCUGUGACUGACAUUGAAGAAUAACUAACCAACUUUUGGCGCAUGCAAUCAGGUUUGAAGGAGCUGGGUCUGUUUCAUUGUUAUUAAAUCAUGGGUGAAUGUGAUGUGUACAGUUCAUAGAUUUCUGUAGACUUGAGGAUCACAUAACUGCUGUUGGUUGACAUUACCUUUUUAAGUCAGAAUUUUCUAACCUACCAUGACCUCCUCUGACCGGUGUUCACUGUUUUUGCACAGAUUCGGUGCGUUUGAAAUGUCAUUAAGCAAUACGCUCUGAAAAUGGUGUGUCCAGGUAAUCCACCCUAACGCCAUUACGUUGUUUUGUUUUUUCAUUUUGUGUCAAUGCAAUGUAUAUUGGACAUGAUGCUCAAUAAAGUGUGUAAACAAAGAGCAAA